AAUACAUAUCAGAGCUAGCAGGCAGGCAGGCACCAGGCAGCAGCAGCAGCGACAGCCUCCUCUCACGAAGAGAAGCACGGGGUUCGUGUACACCAGCAGAACGCACGACCGAACGGACGACGGACGGACGUUCUGUCGUUCCCGAGGCGAAGCGGUCAACUCGCCAAAUUUUGAUGCCAUCGUCUUUGAAUAGAAGUUGGUCGCUUGUUUGCCCCUGAACCAAUGUCCGGCAGAUAAUGGUGUGUAAGGAAGAGGUCGUGACGUUGUUUAAGGAGUUUAGCAGCUAUAAGCGUGUGGACCUGAUGUGUACCUUGCUGAAUAUGUGCCUGCCCUUCGAGCUGCGCUUCUUGGGCACGUGCCUCGAGGAGCUGGGCAAGCGGGACUACUCUCAGCUCAGGGAGUCCGAGUCUCGCGCCAACAACCAGGCCGAACUGGCCGACGUCACCUGCGUUGCUGACAAGCACACCAGACGCAUUCUCACCGUGUACCUGUCCCUUCUGCACUCGACCAACCAGGCGUGCUCCAACAUGAUCUUCAAGACGUUGGCCUCGCUCGCCCAGGACGACUACAACGAAGUGAUCCAGCUGCUCCGAGGCGCGGCGAGCGACGAUUCGCCCGAGGACAACACCCUGGAGGAGAUGCUGCUGCUCUACACCAUGGCCCUCAACCACCCAGCUUUUAGUUUCGAAGAGAAGGCCGUGCUCGGAAACAUUCUGCUCCGGCUGCAGGAGGAGGAAGACAAGAGGGUGUACCCGCAGAAGAGAGCCUUAGUUUGUGUCAAGACUGGAAUGCCUUCCAUGUACAUGCCUUGCACACCAUGCACCAUAACCCCAGAUGGCACUGGAGCUCAGCACUUUCCUAUUCCAGGAAAACCAUACCACCUGCUCCCAGCAACAGCAGUUGCUACAGGUGAUGGCAGCAAAGGACUUCAGGAAAUGCCAGGACCAUACUUUCUCACCACCUCCAUGUUCUGCAGCAUGCCACCUCCGAAUAUUGUUUCCCCAGUGCCUGCUCCGGCAGGCGCCUCUUCAGAGUUUGCCAUCUGUCAAACAGCUCCAUAUACCGUGCCUGCCAUGUCUCAACCUCUGUGCCAUCAACCUGAUCUUGUGGCGGCAACAGUUAACAACCAAUACCCUGUCAAUGAACCCCUUUCACCCUACGCCUCACCCACAGCAAGUCCAACAAGAUCUCCCGAUGCUAGCAGAUGUGAAUCGCCUGUUUGGAACACAAACUCUGGCCAGCCAACAACAAACUACAAAAACUGCUACACAUCCCCCAACCACAAUGAAACUAGCAGCUCAAGCAGUACAUGUAGUGGGGGCAGCACAGCUGGAGGCGGAGGUAAUUCAUUCCGCGGCAGCCGCUCCAACAACCACCUGCGCAGUAAACAAGCAAUGCAAAAUGGCCAAGCUACGAUGGAAGAACCAAGUUCAAUAUCUCCAGUGAAAAUGGAGCCUCUUCGAAUAACCAGCGAUGAGACCCUUCCUGACAUGAUGUCGACCAUGACUCUUGGAGCUGUGAAUGGUGUUACGGACCCAAUUCGGGGUCAUCGGGUGCAUGGUGACGACAAGAGGUGUUGGUCCACCGCAGGGCCUCCCUUAGUCCCACAAACUGGCUCUGCGGGCAGCAGUCAAUCGGGGACUCCAAGUCCUCCUGGCACUCCCUCCGAGCAAUGGGAGAAUUACAAAGAAGAAAGUUCCGUCGCACCACGCUGGGACAAGGGGCCAAGGGGAAUCGCAGGCGUUUCCAACUCACAGGCACGUUUUAAUGCUCACUUGCGGGGACCUCCACUGAGGAGGAACAUUCACCUUGAUCAGAAAGUGCAGGACACUCGACGGCAGACGGCACAGCCUCCCAUGAUUCACUCUUCGUACAUCUUGCCCGCCCUUCAGCACGUCCAAGGCAACAACACUGCCUACUAUCCUGUAAACAACAUGUGGAGUAUUCCGAAUUUUCUGGAAAGUACUGACUGCAGGGUGUUUCAGCAGAGUCCAUUUUACUUUCCGCUGAUGCCUGCACCUGGAGCAGCCUCUGGCCCAGCCAGCUACCCCACUUCCUUUGCCCCUAACGGCAAUAUUCCUCCACCCCCUCCAGAGUACAUGUCCAUGCCCCCAGCUUCGCAGAAGUCGCCUCCACCCUUUACCACCAUGCAGCAGCAACACUUCAUACCUGCUAAACACAAUUCCUCCCACUUUGUUCAAUCAAACAUGUUUCCCCACGUAAUGACUUCUCAAAGUAACAAAGACACAUGCUUCAACUGUGGAGGUGUCGGUCACAGAGGGAAUGACUGCUCAGACCCUUCAAUUCAGGAUGUCCUUAAGAAAGGAAUGUACCACUUAGACUACUCUAGUCCCCAAUCGUCAGAUGCUAGUGCAGCACCAGCUGUGAUCCUGGGCAGUGGGGGCAGCAGCACGCCACAGUCUGCUCCCCCCGCGCUGGAGAAGUGACAAAAGGAUGUGCCUCCCCUGUUGCCUUUGCCAAGUAGUCCUCCACUCGCGAGGAACCGACACCAAAGGUUGGUUGUCUCAUGGCCCAGGCGGCACCAUCAAAGAACAAACAACAACACUUACACUAACAAUAACAUAAUUAACAACAACUACCAUCACAACAGUGGUCGAAACUACCCAUCCCAACAGCAGCACCCAGUCACAUUUCUGUUGGUGUGGCCGCAAAACCAGUCCUGUUCAUCUUCAAGCCACGACAGUAGUCAUCGCCACCGCAGUAGACUCCAUUGACGGCAGAAUAACUCCUGAGAUUUGUGUGCGCCAAUGAUUCUAAUCACUGUUAUACUUUUACAGAUUAAUACUAGGUGUUCCUACUACUUAAUGGCAUCAGUCACUGUGUGCUCUUUCAAACUGUGGCUUAAUUAUAGUCGAAAGUCAAAUGAUGAAGGGUUGUACUGUAGUGAUCAACUUAUGUGUUGUGGGUUGAUUGAUUUCUCACUUGAAAAAGAAUGUGUUACCCAUCCUGUUGACAAUUCCAAAGAUAUUAGAUAACUUAAAUUUGGGUUUUUUUAGUACUUAGAUGACUCUGUUUUAAUUAUAAGCUGCCUAUCUGCCAUCAAGGCCUGUCUUUCUAAGGCCUUGCAAAUUCUUUUUAGUGGAGAGUGGUGGAGAGCAGGUGGGGAGGGGAACUUUUUCUCAGAUUUCUAUGUGAUGUUUGCUCGACCGGAUUGCUCGACUUUUUGCUCAUCUAAAACGGAUAAUUUUAUUAUUCAACUUGGAACCAUCUUGAAUUUUCACGUUUGUAGUGGAAUACGUCUUAAGUAAUUUCCAUUUUAAAGAACCUUAAUUGUCUGAAUAUCCCUGCUUCAUCUUCAAUGAACCUUUAUAAGAAGUUGAUAAACCGAGAGUGAGCAAGUCAGGAUUUAAAUGUUGUAUAGAUCUUUUUUAAAAAUUUAAUGCUUUCCCCCAAAUGGAUGAUAAUUUAUUUAGUUCCUUUGUUGUAAGACACUGUAAAUUGUGAGAAGGGCCUGUUGCUUAAAGAGCGGAUACAAUAGUGUAACACAAUUUGGCUUUUCUCACACAAAUCGCAUCACAUUUUCUGAGCUUCCAUUCCUCAAAAUGGAGCUUGAGCACAAAUAAUUUUGUACCAUUACUACUGUAAUGUUGCUUUAAUAUUUAUAUUAUUUAUUGUUCUUCACAAUCAGUGGCAUUACAUGAAAUUUUAAACAAGACUAAAGAUUAUUUGUAGCACAUAUUGAAAAUAAUCUAAUUUUUAACUAGUUCAAACUCAUGCCAUUUAAUAGACGUUGUGUGCGAUGGAACUUAAAAUGUUUUUUUCUAGCCGCACAUUACAUAAAAAAACUAAUCACACUUCCAAGUGUCAUUGUCAACAAUUUUGAGUUCCCUGAGAUGUAGGAUAUAUGUGCCAUUUAUAAAUGAUUUACCAACAAAUUUCUAGUGAAAUAGUGUAUUCUAUGAUUAUUGUAAUUUGCAUAAAUUCACAAAAGCGAGCUGGGGCUAAAUGUUUAAAUUUUGAGAGGUUGGGAGUUGAAAAUUUUGUCAAGUGGCGCCAUAAUUCCAAAAUGUUUGAAAUGAAUGCAGUUGUUGAAGCUAAAUUCAUUGAUUUAGGCUGUGUAAGAAAAGGCAAAAUUCGAACUACGUAUUUUCAAUAUCAGUGAGAAUAAAAAACCCAUAAUUUGAAAUUGAAGAAGUUUGCACAGUUUAAGUAGGGUGUGAUUCGAACUUCUAGCUAAACCCUGUCGAUGAUUACAAAGUCCGUUAUUUAUAUGAUAUGUUAUUAAAAAAAAUUAAGGCUAUUUCGGUCCGCUCGAAGAAGUUUUGAUUGUUAAUAAUCAAACAUAAUCUGUGUGUUGAAAACAAAACCACUGAUGUUUCAUACUCCAACACCGAUAAAAUAGGCUAUGCCACUUUAAAAGUUGAUAUGUGCAUGAGACGGCGUAACUUCCUUAUUUCUUCCGUUCAUCAGGAAGUGCGCUACAAAGUGUUGAAAGUUCACUCUUACUGUUUGUGAUUACUGUGAGAAAAAAUACAACUGCUGGGCUGAGAUUGAGAUUUUUAUAUUUUAAAAAAUGGAGCUGUUUGUUACAUACUUUUACAUUUAUUAUGUGUAGGUUCAAAGCGUUUGAAGAUUUUCCAAUACCAAAAGAGGUUGCAGCUAUAAUUACCAAGCAAUUGGUGUUGAAAAAGCAGUGUUCGCAUGCAAUGCUAGACCAGGAGUAUUGAAAUUUUUGCCAAAUUUUUACCAUUAUCGUUGUAAUGAAAGUUGCAUUUCAAAUGUGAAGACAUUUUUUUAAUCAUUGUCAAUAUUAUUUCAUAGCUGUACCAAAAUAUUUUGGUUGAUUUUGAAAAUUGUACCAAUUCACCACAUUUCGACUUUUGAAACUGCUCUAUGACAAUGAGACUGCCAAUUUAAACAAAACCAGUUGCUUGGCAUUAAUAAAAUUACACACAGUCCUGGCGUCAUAGUAAGUGCAGAAAAUCUUUAAGGAAACAAUAACGAUUUAUGAUAAUAAUUGAAAAAUUUACAUUUAAGGAACUCUACAUUACAAAGCAAGGGUGUAAAUUUAAUAUAUAAAGAAAAUCUGAUCAUAUUUAGCUUUAACCAACUCAUUAUUUGUGAAAUCUUGUGGAAAUUUUGUGUCUUUCAAUUGACCACAAACACUUUAAUUGAACGUGAAAAAAAAAUUCUGCUGUAUUAUAAAAUGAGAAAUAUAUAGAUGAGCUCUGUGUGUCCGCUGCGAGAAAUUCCGUCUGCAUAUCGGGCAAGAUGAAUUAUUAUCAAAAGAGAGAAUUCACUGUUUAUUAGAGUUACUGGUGCGAUCGAAUCAAAUCAUCACCACACCUAAUAAAUUAUUAUAUUUGUAAGUGCAGACAAGAAAAUUGUUAUCAUAAUAAAAGUGAUAAAAAUUUGGAUUAUUUCAUAAAUUUAUUGCAGUUUUAAAGAAAGCUAAUUAUUAUUACGAUGUAAUUAUUUAUAAAAUAAAAAAUCUAAAAAGA